AUGACUUAUCAACAACAAGACCAGUUGAAAAAGCUUCCCAUACCAGAUUUGCAACAAACAUGCACAAACUACUUGAAAGUCUUGAGACCUCUACAAACUGAUAAAGAGUAUAAAUGCACGGAGUUGGCUGUAAAGGAAUUUGUUGAGAAACACGACAAUUCUCCUUCCAUUGGCGCAUUCUUGGAUGACUGCUUGCGCAAAUACGCUGCUGAUAAACCAAGUUAUAUCGAGCAGUUUUGGUACGAUGCAUAUCUAAACUAUGACUCGCCAGUGGUGCUCAAUUUGAACCCAUUUUUCUUGCUCGAAGACGACCCUUUUACCCAAAAAGAAACAAGCGCAAUUGAUCCCCAGAUUAAAAGAGCAACAUCCUUGACCCUCUCAUCCUUGAAAUUCAUCCAGGCAUUAAAGAAGGAGAAAUUGAGCGUUGACACAUUGAAAAAUGGCAAGCCAUUGUGCAUGUACCAGUUUACAAAACUUUUUGGCUCCUCAAGAAUUCCAACAAAUGAUGGAUGUAUGAUGCAAUCUGACCCAACUUCAAACCAUAUUGUCGUGAUGUCCAAAUCCCAAUUUUACUGGUUUGACGUUUUGGACUCAAACAAUAACAUUAUCCUCCACGAGUCCGACUUGAAUAUCAACUUUCACUCUAUUGUCCACGACUCGUUGCUCACCUCGAAUAACGAUAUCGCCAAGUCCUCCUUUGGUGUAUUAACAUCGGAGAAUAGAAGUGUUUGGGCAAGCGUUCGUAAAAACGUUAUCAACACAAACCCAAUCAACAAGGAGGUGUUGGCCAUUAUUGACUCUGCAUUAUUCAUUAUGUGUCUUGACGAUAUCGAGAUUGACGACUUGUCUGAGCUAUCCAAGAAUAUGCUUUGUGGAUUAUCCAUGCUUGAUAAAGGUAUACAAGUUGGAACAUGCACAAACAGGUGGUACGACAAGUUGCAGAUUAUUGUCACCAAGAAUGGUAAAGCAGGUAUCAAUUUCGAACAUACGGGCGUUGAUGGCCACACUGUGCUCAGGUUUGUCUCUGACAUUUAUACCGAUUCCAUAUUAUCGUUUGCACAUUCUAUAAACACCCAUGCACCAUCUUUAUACAAGAGCAACUCCAAUGACUCCUCUGCAAGCGAAGAAGGGCUCAUUACCGUUCCAAGAAAAUUGGAAUGGGACUUGACACCUGACUUGUCUUUGGCAUUGCGGUUUGGCGAAACCAGACUUUCAGACUUGAUUAACCAAAAUGAAUUGCGCCACUUGGAAUUCCGCUCUUAUGGAUCAAGCCAAAUUAAAAAGAUGAAAUUUAGCCCAGAUGCCUUUGUCCAAAUGGCUUUCCAAGCAACUUAUUAUGCAUUGUAUGGCAAAGUUGAAUGCACGUAUGAGCCAGCAAUGACCAAACAUUUUUUCCAUGGUCGUACUGAAGCAAUCAGAACCGUUUCACAAGAAUCAAACAUGUUUGUUCGUAAAUUCUUUGACCCUCAAGUUGCAAAUACUGAGAAAUCGGAAUACCUCAACCAAGCAUGCAAAUCACACUCGGCUCAAACGAGAUUAUGUUCCAAUGGAGAAGGCGUUGAUCGUCACUUGUAUGCAUUGUUUUGCUUAUGGAAGAGAUUGUUGACGAGGUAUGAACAGAAGAAGCAGGGAUUUGUCUUUAACGAUGAUUUGGAAUUUGAGAUUCCAGAUGAAAUUGCAGAGCUUCCAGCAAUCUUUGCUGACCCGGGCUGGGACAGAUUAAACAAUACCAUCAUCUCUACAUCAAACUGUGGUAACCCUUCAUUGCGUCUCUUUGGAUUCGGUCCGGUGUCACCCAGUGGAUUUGGUAUUGGCUACAUUAUCAAAGAUGAUUCAAUUUCAUUCUGUGUUGGAUCAAAAUACAGACAAACGCAAAGAUUUUUGAUUACAUUGAAUUCGUAUUUACAAGAGAUUGCUCAAAUCUGGAAUGAUGUUGAAUUGCAAAAGAAGAUGAAUGUAGCUGAUGCACCCAGAGUCGAGAGAAACAACAGAAACUUGACUUCAUUGCUUGGAGGAUACAGCUACUUUGACGUUGGCGAGGAAGAAAUCAAGAGCAGAGGACAAUCACCAGAACCACCUUUCUUGGCAAAGGCCAAUUCUGGUUUCAGUUUACGUGAUAUUGGAAAAAAGUUGAGACUCAGUGAGUAUUGA